CCGUUUUAUUUUCUUCGCAACACAUCCGGACAUAAUUCGAUGACGGACCGGUCCACUUCCGGUCCAGUUGUCAACAGAGGAGGAUCACGCGUGUUUUCAAGCCAGUAAAAAUGCCGAAGGCUCAGAAAGGAAAAGGAAAAGCCCCGGAGAAGGUUGUUCACCCGUACAGCAGGAAAGCGGCUUACCUCGCCCGAGAAGAAAUCCGACUGAAAAAGAAAGAAAGGCAGAAGAAUGACAAAGCAACACGUCUAAGCGGCAUUGGUGAGAAGCUGUUGUGGUUUCAGGAACAGUUGGAUCCAGAAAAGACAACUUACACCAAAAAAGAUGCCUGUGAUAUCGUUGAAAGGUACCUCCGAAGGUUCGAUUCGGAACUUGAGCAGAUUGAGCUGAUGAAUGGGAUCAAAGGUCGGCAGGGUCGUCUCCAUAGCGCCAGAGAAGCUGUCAUCAAACAGAGCGUAGAGCGAGAGCGAGUGCAGUAUGAGGGCAUCGGGUUUGAGAUUCCAGACAUCAUUAAUGCAAAAAAUCUGAAAACAUUCAGAGAGUGGAAUGGUGAUCUGAAGAAACUUCCAAAUAUUAAACUGCGAAAGGUGUCUAACAAAGAUUUGGAAACAAAGAAUGAAAAAGAGGAGAAACAUGAGGACGCAGAAGAUGAUAAUGAGGAUGAUGAAGAUGACUUGGAGGAUGAGCAGUUGGAUGAGAUGGUGCUGAUGUCUGACUGAAACCUAGGCUGUAGCUCCAAGCUCAGGUCGUCUGUUCAGGACAGCUGACUGUGAAGCUGAGCGUCAGACUGCCUUCAGCAAAGACUUUUUUUAAUAGAAAAGGUGUGUUUUUGUGCCUGAGUGGGUAAAAUGUUGCUGCUCCUUGACUGUCCAGAAGAUGGUGCCAAACUCUCAGAGAUGGAAAACAAGAAUGCUAUCAGUCAGCCCUCCUUUAAAGUCUUCUCGUUGCUCAGUAACUUCACACCAGCCUGUGAAGGGGUUCUACAUUCAUUGUUUAUUGCACAAAUAUGAAUUGUAUGUAACCUCAAUACUCCCAUUUUAUCCAAUCACAGAUUUAAAAAAAGGUUUCGACAAAGAUGUUGAGUGCUCUAAUGUUGCUGUGGCUCUAAGACAGAGAAAAUUUUGUUUUUCUGUGACAUGACACUGGUAAAAAACCCAAAUUAAACCUGUAGAAAAGUGGA